AAAGGGCCAAUCCUUUAUGAUUCAAGAUUCACAUAACAAUUAAAUUGACUGUAAUUAGUUUUAAAUGUCAGACAUUCAUCUUGAAUAUCACGGAAUCAUCAGUGAACCUGGUGGAUUAUUAAAAAUAGAAACCACAGAAAAAAAAUCUAACAAUAAAAAAAAAAAAACCUGCAUCUGCUUAAAACUUCCUUUGGCGAUGAGGCAUGGAGCACUCUGCUUGUCAUUUGGAGGAUUUGAAGCAAUUUAUCGUAGACGAUGCCCCGCCAACGGUGCGUUACGUCCCAGAUUUCAUAUCGGAGGAUGAGGAGGCUUACCUUCUUCAGCAGGUGUACAAGUCUCCAAAAACCAAGUGGACUCAGCUGUCGGGCAGACGGCUUCAAAACUGGGGAGGGUUACCACAUCCCAAAGGUAUGCUCGCAGAAAAGCUCCCCGACUGGCUCCAGGCGUACUGUGAGAAGAUAUCCUCUCUCGGCGCAUUCAGCGGGAAAACAGCCAACCAUGUGUUGGUGAACGAGUAUAAACAAGGAGAGGGGAUUAUGCCGCAUGAAGAUGGCCCGCUCUACCACCCUACCGUCACCACCAUCAGCCUGGGCUCUCACACCCUACUUGACUUCUACGCGCCAAUCAGCAGCCUGGAGGACGGCGAGGACGACGGUGCGCCGCAGACAGAGGAGAACCGCUUCCUCCUCUCGCUGCUGGUGAAACCUCGUAGUCUUCUGAUCCUGCAGGAUGAAAUGUACCAGCGCCUCCUUCACGGCAUCCGGCCCCGCUCCCAAGACACGCUGACAGACAAGGUGGUGAACCUGUCUGCUGCGGGGGCUCUGCAGGGAGAGACGCUGACCAGAGGCACCAGAGUGUCACUGACCAUACGACAUGUGCCAAAAGUUAUCAAGACCAAACUUCUGCUGGGGAGGAAAUGAAGCAAGACGGUGUGUUUGUCAUGAUACUAUCGAGCUUAAUCAGCGGGAGUCUCCUCCGUGCUGCUGAAUGAUAUCUUACAUGUGUCGAUACUGGAUCACUACAAGCUUUCUUAAAAAAUGAUGUGCUGCUUCUCUGGACAUGAUCAAGCAUUUCUUAAUAGGAAUGGUUAAAAUGAUAGAUUUAUCUCUUACAUGUUUCCAGGAGAUCUUUGUGUCAAACAUCUGUGGAACAAAUGACCGAGGUGAAUCAUGGUGUCUUUAAACGUCUUAAAAAUCUUUGAUCAAUGUAUUCAAUUUAUUAUCAACACAAACAAGCCCCACGAAAAUGUUCUGUGUUUCCUUUUUUUUUUGAAUGAUUCUUCACUUCUCAAUCGUUCAACAUGAGUCUGCGUUUUUGAUCGAUCAACGUGUUUUUUUUCAGCACUACAUCAAUAAAAUAGUGAUGAAAUGUU